AUGAUGUCGCUUGAUUUGAACCAGUCACGAGGGCAGCCUCCUCCCGGGCCUGUUCGGUUCUAUUUGGCCGAGCUCUUCUCUCUUUGCAUCAAACUGCUUGUGGCUCCGCAACCAUCGACCGAUGUGCCUUCGCUGCAAUUGGUCGCAGCGCAAAGAAUUCUGCUCGCCCAUGCCCUGUCAGGGGCGCCUGUUCGAUUUGGCAAGCGGCUGGAGGCUGCACGGCCAUCUGAAGAAGGUGAUGAUUUGGUGUGGAACAUUUUGACCAGGCGCCGCUCCACCUUGGGAAUGCCUGCUGCUUCCACCACUUUCCCGCAACGAGUUGGCCUCACCGAGGGGUGCGAAGAGAUGAGUUGGAGAGCCUUGGCUGCACGUCUGACCAAAAAGACAGAUGCGCCCGAAACAAUCACACGCGCUUACCGCAGGAUGCUUUCCGAGCCCGAUGGAAACGCGGCAGGUGAACGAGAUGAUGACCACCUGGCUGUGCGCUUCGGCUUAUGUAUAUGCGAUUGCUUGCGCGGCUCCAGUGACUGGGCUGAUUUGGAGAGCUUUGAUUCGUCAGACAAGGGCAAGGCACUGGCCAAUUACAAAGCGCCUUGCCUUUCAAAGCGUCAAAAACGUCGGCGGUUCGAAGACCUGUAUUGGUGCAACGUCCACAUCAAUGCAAUCCUUGGGGCCGAACGUUGUCGCCGGCGCAAAGACUACAAUUUGGACAAGGUGUUAGAUGAGUACAUGGCGAUAGCUGCUCAUGAAAUUUCAUCGCGGCCUGCUCGCUGCCCCUCGGCCGGAAUGUCUGUGUUGAAUGAAAUUCAGUAA